AUGCCUGUGAUCGAAAAUUUCGUGGGUCGGGAAGCCGAGCUAGACCGCCUAUGGCAGUAUUUCAAGCCGACGGACUUCCAACGACGAAAGGUCGUGAUUCUUCAUGGGCUUGGUGGAAUCGGAAAAACGCAGCUAGCGGUUCAAUUCGCACGAGAACAUCAACAUGAUUUCACAGCUAUAUUCUGGUUAAGUGGUAAAGACCGAGGCACGCUCCUACAGUCAAUUAGCUCUGUCUUGCCUCGCUUACCUGGGCACUUACAGACUAACAAGGCAAUCGGUGACGAGGAGCUAGAACAACAAGCGAGACAAGUAUUGAAGUGGCUAGAAAGUGACGGUAAUUCUCGCUGGCUAAUCAUUUUUGAUAAUAUCGAUCAGUACUCUCCGAUCGAUAGCGGGAUUAGGAAUGCAUAUGACAUUGGAAAGUUCUUUCCCACCGCAGAUCAUGGCUCUAUUCUUAUCACCUCUCGACUUCAAGCGCUCACUGAACUAGGACAGUCUAUUCCAAUCCACAAACUUGACUCAAUGGAAUCAAUUCAGCUUCUCUUAAAGAACAGCGGCUUAUCGGAUAGCAAUAAUAUUAAGAAGCCUAGCGGUAAUCCAGAUACUCUUGCCCUCGCCGAGCGUCUUGAUGGAUUGCCAUUAGCGAUUGUUAUCGCUGCGGCAUUUAUGCGUCAGACUAGCACCAGCAUCGCUCGGUACUUAGAAUACUAUCAACAGUCAUGGUCUGAUCUACAAUCAAAUUCGAAUCCUGGGCGUCAAUACCUACAAGGAAACAUGCUACAGACAUGGAUGAUAUCAUACCAUGAGAUCCAAAAUCGAGCCCCAAACGCAGCAAAGCUUCUAUUACUACUUGCCCACUUCGAUCAUCGGGACAUCUGGUAUGAGUUAGUCCAAAAUGCAUCCCAUAGCCCUGAUGUUCCAGGCUGGCUCGAAGAAACUAUAUCAAGCGGACUUGCAUUCAAAGAUUGUGUAAAGCCCCUAAUCGAAUUCUCUCUUCUUGAGACGAAGCAGCAAGAAGGAGGCUAUACAAUGCACCCCGUGGUACAGGACUGGUGCUUUCAUAUUACUCGCAAUAAAAUGAAUGUGACUCCUAGCCAGCUUUGUGAACUGGCACUGAUAUCAGUCGGAUGGGCAGUUCCUAGUUCAAGCGAAAGGAAUUACUCAAAGUGUCAGCGACGGCUUAUUUCACAUGCAAAUUUCAUUCUUCGUGGUAAAUUCCAUGGUGAGAACGUUAGUAUAUGGGGGGCAUUUCAUAGGCUAGGGAGUCUCUAUAGGAAUCAAGGCAAGCUUAAGGAGGCAGAGGAGAUGUACCAGCGAGCACUGGCAGGCUACGAGAAAGUUCUAGGUCCAGAUCAUACGUCCACUCUCGAUACUGUGAACAAUUUUGGUCUUCUCUACUCUGAUCAGGGGAGGCUCAAGGAGGCAGAGAAGAUGUUCCAUCGAGCACUGGCAGGCUACGAGAAAGCUCUAGGUCCAGAUCAUACGUCCACUCUCGAUACCGUGAACAAUUUUGGUCUUCUCUACUCUGAUCAGGGGAGGCUCAAGGAGGCAGAGGAGAUGUACCAGCGAGCACUGGCAGGCUACGAGAAAGUUCUAGGUCCAGAUCAUACGUCCACUCUCGAUACCGUGAACAAUUUUGGUCUUCUCUACUCUGAUCAGGGGAGGCUCAAGGAGGCAGAGGAGAUGUUCCAGCGAGCACUGGCAGGUAGAGGGAAGGCCCUUGGUCUAGAUCAUCCGUCCACUCUCCAGACAGUCAACAAUCUUGGGAGUCUAUACUUAGAUCAGGGCAAGCUGAAAGAGGCAAAGGAGAUGUAUCAGCGAGCACUAGCAGGUAGGGAGAAGGCCCUUGGUCCAGAUCAUCUGUCUACUCUCCAGACAGUCAGCAAUCUUGGUAAUCUAUACUCAGCACAGGGCGAGGCGGAAGAGGCAGAGGGGAUGUAUCGGCGAGCACUGGCAGGCAGGGAGAAGGCCCUUGGUCUAGAUCAUCCGUCCACUCACCAGACAGUCAACAAUCUUGGGAGUCUAUACUCAGCACAGGGCAAGCCGAAAUAG